AGGUAAAAUGCAUCCAACUCCAUGAAAAUGCACCAUUCUCAUAAUAAGGAUCAUUCUCACCUAAAUCAUAGAGAGAGAGAGGAGUAUUUCUUACAACAAUCAUUUUUACAUUUGUUACAAUAAUACAAUCGAGGCACUUGCAAUGCAUUGUUCAUAAAAUUGAUUGUUUCUACCCUCUAUAAACCCCCACACUCCCACAAAGUCUAAAAAUGAAAGAUUGUGACACCAAUUCAACUGGUGUGAGGUCGAUGAACUGGUGUGAAAUCGUGACACCAGUUCAAUACGGUGCUCUAAUAGUAAACUUGUGGGCAUAACAUCAACGAUCCAGGGUGGGAGAUCAGGCUGAAAUUAUUAAAGUAGGAAUCGUCAAUUAUGCAAUCUUGUUAUACAUCAUAAAUGUAAACGAGAACAUUAAAUAGAAAUAUAUACAUAGUAGAUAUACAAUGAUUUUUCACAUUUCACAUUUCAUGAUUGAGAACAAGACCUUGGAGGAGGGAACUUGAUUCUUGUUCCAUAGCUCAGGAAGGAGAAGUUAAAACAAUGGUCACAUUCUUUUUCAGAAAAUAGAUAGCAAAUGUGGUUUGGUAGUUCCUAUAGAAACACAAAAGCAUACACUCCAUACUUCAUGUCUUACUCUUCUAGCCUCCGAGGGAAAGAAAUGGUUCCCAAAUGCUUAAAACAAGUACUUGACCACUGUCAGCGUGAAGAAAAUUAUUUACAACUUACAGAGAACAAGUGGAGUACAAAGAACAUUUUCCAAAAACUUACCAAUUUUCUUGUUUGGCUGAAGAAAUAUUUUCUUCAUGUUUCUUAUGAAGAGUAUUUGAGUGGUCUAUGAACUCGAGAAACACUACAGUUUCAUUUUACAAAUUUGUGUCAAGACAAUGUGACAAAAAUUACAACCCAAGUAAGAGCUUAUUCUCUUCAACAUAUUCUUAUUCACUACCUGCCUCCAUCCUAGUAAAAUCUUGUGUUUGACUUGCCAAAUUUUAAGACAAGUGAACAGUUGGAAGUCGUUAAAAGGAAUUUUUUUAACCACAUUACUUUUUUAAAAAGUAAAAUUUUAAGAUGAAUGAAAAAAGAACGAGAAUUUCCGUGGAAUGGAGCUUGGAGGGAGAAGUCUUUUUAACACUAAUAACUCUAUUACAAAGUAAUGUCUGUCCAUACAUUUUCAACUUGAAGCUCAUAGAGAUAUUGCCUUGAUGCCCAACGGAGAUCAAACACAAGACCUUUCAUUUGAGAGAGUCAUGUCAUUGAACUAUAAGGUCCUUGGUGGAGGGACUAGUCAUUAAUAAGGAGUACUAUUAAAAAAGAAAUACAAGUAAUUAUUGCUACACAUGCUAAUGACCAUGUAGUCCAAUGGCACCGCUGUGAUUCUCCCAAAUGAGAGGUCAUGGGUUGAAAUCUCAGUGGGGACAAUAACUCUAGGGACUUCAAAAGGGUGAGAAUGUAUGAACACAACCUACCUGGUAAUAGUGCUAUUAAUGUUAAAAAAAUUAUUACUACACAUAAUGCACACACACCCAUAAGUGAUGAUAGAUUUGUCAAUCUCACCGCUUUAAGCAAGAGAAUAAUAAUCCCAAUAUCCC